ACGAAACUAUUUCUUCAGAUGCUGGUUUCUGUGUAGGGUAUGCGUAUACUCGUCACUAUAGUCGUGGCAGCAAAUUUUUUCUUCCUUUGACUUUGGGUGGGAACCUAUCUUCAGACCAGUGUCUUCUUAAGGAUACCCCGCUUCUGAGUUCUUCAACAUUUCAUUUGUGAAUCCGAAAGUAAAGGAUAUUUAACAGCGAAGAUGUCGAUUUCUCUUCCAGGCCAGAUCCUCACUUGUAAAGCCGCUGUAGCAUGGAAGGCAGGGGAGCCCCUGAAGAUUGAAAAAGUGCAAGUAGCACCUCCACAGACCAAUGAAGUCAGAAUCAAAAUCGCUUACACUUCCUUGUGUCGUACAGACCUUAUUUUCUGGCAAGCAAAGGGCCAAACACCUGUUUUCCCGCGCAUCUUUGGGCAUGAAGCAGCCGGGGUUGUGGAAAGUGUGGGAGAAGGAGUAACUGAUCUGAAGGUGGGCGAUCAUGUGCUGCCUGUAUUUACAGGAGAGUGUGGACAAUGCAGGCACUGCAAAUCAGAAGAGAGCAAUAUGUGUGAUUUGCUAAGGAUUAACACGGACAGAGGAGUUAUGCUUAAUGACGGCAAAUCGAGGUUCUCUAUCGGGGGAGAACCCAUCUAUCACUUCCUGGGGACAUCUACAUUCAGUCAGUACACCGUGGCACAUGUUGGCUCUGUUGCCAAAAUAAACCCUGCAGCUCCUCUCAACAAAGUUUGCAUUCUAAGUUGCGGUGUAUCCACAGGAAUGGGCGCUACAUUAAAUGUGGCCAAACCCAAGAAGGGUUCGACUGUUGCCGUAUUUGGUCUUGGAGGUGUUGGACUUGCGGCUGCUGAAGGAGCGAGAAUUGCUGGGGCUUCCAGAAUUAUAGGCAUUGAUUUUAACCCUGGAAAAUAUGAGAAAGCAAAAGAGUUUGGAGUAACGGAAUUUAUAAACCCAAAAGAUCAUCAGAAACCUGUUCAACAGGUAAUUGCAGAAAUGACUGAUGGAGGAGUAGACUACAGUAUCGAGUGUACAGGGAAUAUUAAUGCAAUGAUUCAGGCAUUCGAAGCUUGUCAUGAUGGGUGGGGCGUAGCAGUCUUAGUAGGGGUGCCUCAUUCAGAUGCAGUUUUCGCUACCAAUCCUGUGAAUUUCCUGAAUGAGAAAACAUUAAAAGGAACUUUCUUUGGGAACUAUAAGCCCAAGACAGAUCUACCAGGGCUGGUAGAUAAAUAUAUGAACAAGGAGAUUCAACUAGAGAAGUUCAUUACUCACGAAAUACCACUUUCUGACAUUAACGAGGCAUUUGAGAACAUGAUGGAAGGAGAGGGCCUGCGAUGCAUAAUUAAUAUGGAAGAUUAGAUGGUGAGGAAAAUCAGACUAGGUGGAAGGUUUUUAUUAAAAGCAUUUCAACUGUUCACUUUUUAUGUAGAUUUUUGGAACUUCUGUGACUGUCGCUAGUGAUCAGUUAUAUUAGCUUGUUACUCUGUUUAUAUAUAAUUUUAUAUGGUUAACUUAAUUACAUAUACUAAUAUUAUAGGGUCGAGAUGGUUUCCUUA